UACUUUUUUUGUUCUCUCAACAUGGUUGGUUGCUCUUCGUUAGUCUAGGAGGUUUUGGAUGGCAAGUGAAACGAGUUAAAGGGGUUUUUCCUAGGUUCUUCUCAAGACCAGUUAACCAGCUAGUAAUGCUUUAUUUAACCGAAGAAGCUAAGCUUGGUAUAGUGAGCGGGGCGAUAGCAAUCCUUAUUCUUAUGGUCGUUUGUAUGGUCUGCAAGCUAAGUCGACUUCAUAAACAGCCAAUGUACAAAGACUCGUCGUAUCUCAAGACCACUGCUCCCAAGAAUACCGCUGCAAAAGUGCCUGUCGUCCCAUUCCCGAGCUUUGCUACUGAAUGCAGCGAGUGUGAGCUAGAAAAAAUAAACAAAAUGAGCGGAGAAAUAGAGCUGCAGACUUCCCAAAGGCUCAGUCCGCCAAAGAAUAAAGGAAGAAUUAAAUUUUCUAUGGUUUAUCAGUCUGAAAUGCAAACUCUUUUGUUGACUAUCAUCGAGGCGAGCCAGUUGGUCGGAAAAGACUUCUGGGAUAGAGUAGAUUCUUACGUGAAAGUAAUGCUUCAACCCGAUGAAGAAGGGAUUUUGAAGGGACAGACAAACGUCCUCAGGAAGUCCACAAAUCCAAAAUUUGGGGACAGUUAUGAGUUUAACAUGUCAUUACAAGAUGUUCAAAAUUCUUUACUCCAUUUGUCUGUUUGGGAAAUUGACAAGUAGUCCCGGCACCACAUAAUCGGAGAGGUUCAAGUUGAGCUUCGCCAUGUACUCAAGGCGGAUGAGUCAAUAGCGUUAGAUAAGGAACUGAGGUCAUUUCAAAAGACAAAGGCCAAUCUUGGGGAGAUUUUAUUUUCCCUCAGUUAUAUGCCAACUGCCGAGAGGAUGUCCAUAGUAUUGAUGAAGGCCAGAAACCUUAGUCCACCAUUCAGUGACUGGAACACUGAGUCAAAACCAAUAAAUCCUUUCAUAAAAGUUGUACUUUUAUUCGAUGGCAAAAAAGUGAAGAAAAAGAAAACAUCCACAAGGAAACAGGAAUCCAAUCCUGUUUACAAUGAGUGUAUGAUGUUUGACGUCCCCCCAGGCCUCCUCCACAGGGUACUGUUUGUCAUAUCAGUUGCUGACGCUAAAUCGGUUUCCACAAGAAGUGAUGUGAUUGGCCGAGUAGUGAUAGGCUCAGCAACCAGUGGAGAAUCACUUAGGCACUGGCAUCAAAUGUUGAUAUCGCCGCGGAGGCCUGUGGCAGCCUGGCACCGACUCAAACUUUAGAGAGACUAGUACUAGAGAUACAACAAAUGACAUAAUUUUAACUUGGCUUAUUAAACUUGGAGGUAUUUUGGACAUUUGUCACCCAGUGAAUUUUCAGCAAUUGAUACUGAAAACAGUCAUCCAUAAAAGACAAAUUCU